AUGGCUGCACCCCAGCGCGAAGGGAGUCUCGACCUCCCUCACCUUACCACCACCGCCACACAGCCUGAUCCUACGCUCUCUUUACCGCCUCUACCUACAACCAAACCUAUCCAACCCUCAUCCACGACCCCCGUUCCACUCCACCGCCUGCACUCUAGUUACCUAACCCUAUACCGACCACUCACCUCCGUGAAAGACCGCUGUAUUCUUGCUGCAGCUAUCAUUCUCGCUCUCGCUGCGGGGGCGCCCCUCCCCAUCAUCGGUGUCAUCUUCGGAAAGAUAAUUAAUUCAUUCCCUCCCACCGCGGAUGAGAUUAACACACGUAUUGGCCAGCUGCUCGGCGUGGCGGUGGCGUAUUUCUUCAUAACAUGGGGGUGGGCGACGGCCUGGGGUAUGAUCGGGGAGCGUGUCGCUAGAGGACUACGGGUGCGGCUAUUACAGAGAGCUGUUGGAAUGGAGGUUGGAUGGUGGGAUAGUGAAUCUCUAGAUAUCGCGCAUCGCCUUACGGCCGACACGCAAACCAUCCAACUCGGCACUUCCGAAAAAGUUGGUCUCUUCCUUCAAUCCGUUGCCUACUUUCUCGCGGCAUUUAUCACCGGUUUUAUUCUCAAUGCUCGCCUUACGGGAAUCCUUUUUGUCGGCGUUGUUCCUGCAAUGUUUUUGGUCGUCUAUGGCGGUUCUAAGAUCGUUUCAAAAUAUGCAAAGCGAGCUGUCGAUUACUCGGAGAAAGCUACAUCUGUCGCAGAGGGCGCAAUUACCGCAGUACAGGUAGUGCAGGCUUUUGGGGCAGCUAAUUUACUGGCCGGAAAGCACUGGGAAUUGAUGGGGCCUGCGGUAGCUUGUGGUGUUCGAAGGGCUGUCGCGGGUGCAGCGAUGCUAGCGUUGGUUUUCUUUGUUGCCUACUCCGCCAACGCUCUCGCGUUCUGGGAAGGUUCCCGUCAGAUAGUAAAGGGUCUCUUUAAGGGUAGCGAAGGAGCUGGGACUAUCUAUACUGUUGUUUUCCUUAUUCUUGACGCCUCCUUCGUUGUAGGCUCUUUUGGGCCGUUCCUGCAAACAUUUGCACUCGCGGCCGCGGCCGGGGAAAAGAUUAUUGCAUUACUUGAUAGCCCGGAGACGGGGAUCAAUGUUUAUUCUAACGUUGGAGAUCCCAUGCCGACACCGCCGGAAGCCAAUGAUAUCACACUGGAGAAUGUAACCUUCCGGUACCCGACUAGGGAUGUGGAGGUUGUGAAGAACGUCAGCAUGACCUUUCCUGCGGGGAAACUCACUGCAGUUGUGGGCGCCAGUGGCAGCGGAAAGAGUACGGUUGCGGCGCUAUUGAUGCGAUUCUACGAUCCCGUCUCUGGGCGCGUUCUUAUCGGCGGUCGUGAUCUGAAGGAUUUGAACCUACGAGACUACCGCCGCCACCUGGCACUCGUUGAUCAAGAACCUGUCCUCUUCGCCGGAACUAUCAUGGAAAACAUCCAGCACGGUCUACUACACAAAGGAGAUAUGUCUCUGGAAACAAAAGAGCAAUUGUGCUUACAGGCCGCGAAGAAUGCAAACGCACACGACUUCAUCAGCGCGCUCCCAGAGGGGUUUAACACCAAGAUCGGCGGCAGCGGCGCUACACAGCUCUCCGGAGGACAGAGACAGAGAGUUGCGCUAGCUCGAGCUCUCGUGGCUGAACCUGAGGUGCUGGUACUUGAUGAGCCGACUAGUGCCCUUGAUGCGAGCAGUGAGGCGGUUGUUCAAGAUGCACUUGAGCGAGCUCGUGAAGGAAGUGGAAGAACGAUGGUAAUGAUUGCGCAUAGACUUGCGACAGUGAGAGGGGCAGACAAAAUUGUUGUCAUGUCUUUUGGAACUGUUAUUGAGGAGGGUACACAUGAGGAGCUCGUGUCCCGGAAGGGCGCAUACUAUGAGCUAGUGAAGGCGCAGAGACUUUUAGGUGGGAACAGUUCGGCCAGUAGUCUCAGCUCGGCCAAAACCAGAGUCGAAGAAGAUCCAGAACGUGUCGGCGAGAAAGGAGACUUCGAGGCUACAAAAGAAGAAGUUGCUUCGGACGAUGAUACUCCCAUCUCUUACUCCUCUAAACAACUUCUGAAACGCUGUCUAUUGAUCAGUAAGCCCGACUGGCCCAUCGUAGCUUUGGGUCUUUGCGCAAGUUUAGUAACUGGUGCUAUCAUUCUUGGGGAAUCUAUCGUCUUCGGAAACCUCAUCCACAUCCUGAACUCAAAGUCUGAGGGAACUAUGCAGUCCCGUGCUGACUUUUUCUCGCUGAUCUUUUUUAUCCUUGCCCUUAUCGCUUUGUGCGCCUAUACCAUCUCUGGAACUGCCUUCGGUAUUGUUUCUGAGCGUCUCAUUCGCCGCAUUCGUGACCGCUCCCUCCGCACAAUACUCCGACAGGAUAUAUCGUGGUUCCAAGUGCCCUCUCAUUCCCCUGGAGCACUCAUGAGUAUGCUUAACAUGGAUACCGGCCAUCUCUCUGGUCUUUCCGGUGUCAUCCUGGGUACGAUAUUCUCCGUCGCAACCUCCAUGAUCGGUGGUAUCGUACUUGCCCACGUUGUAGCCUGGAAAAUCGCAAUUGUCCUCCUCGCUGCAGUACCCGUUAUGAUAGUAUCCGGUUUCCUGCGUCUUCGUGUCCUUGCAAAAUUCGAACAACGCCAUGAAACCGCUUAUCUUGAUGCCGCCACACUUGCAACCGAAGCAUGUACUGCCAUCCGCACCAUCGCCGCAUUGGGACGUGAGCAAGACGUUUCAAGACUCUACAACGAAGCCGUGGAUAAGCCAUAUCAAGAGAGUCUGCGCUUCAUUGUACAGGGGAAUUUCUGGCUGGCGUUUGCGCUAGCCAUCACCUAUUUCGUUUACGCCUUGGCAUACUAUUGGGGUAGUAGACAGGUGCGAGAGGGAAACUACGGCACUUUGGAAUUUUUCAUUGUGUUGCCUGCUUUACUGUUCAGUGCUCAGGCUUCGGGACAGAUGUUUUCACUCGCCCCGGAGGUGACAAGAGCAAGGACAGCAGCAAUCUCCGUAUUUAAACUCCACGACCAGAUGCCCACUAUUGAUCUCGAAUAUGUUUCCACCGCUGCAAUUGCGUUCACACCCGCGCCUACGCCUACUUCAGUGGAGAAAAGUAAAGCCACCACUGGUAAAGUAGAAUUCCGCAAUGUUAACUUCCGCUACGCUACACGCCCCAAUAUCCCCGUUCUCCAAAGCCUCUCCCUUACGAUCAAGCCCGGGCAAUUCGUUGCAUUCGUAGGAUACUCCGGCGCGGGGAAAUCCAGCGCCGUAGGGCUACUUGAGCGAUUCUACGAUGUCGAUACCGGAGCGGUGCUAGUAGAUGACGUUGACAUCAGGAGUAUUCCUGUAAGCCAACACCGUUCUAGGAUAUCGCUUGUUAGCCAGGAGCCUUGUUUGUUCCCUGGGAGCAUCGCGUUCAAUGUCGGCCUCGGAUUGGGAGAGACAAAAACCGUGGGCAGGGAAGAUGUAGAGAGAGUUUGUAAGAUGUGUGGACUACACGAUUUUAUCAUGAGUUUGCCCGAUGGUUACGAUACUGACUGCGGUACCAACGGCUCGCUCCUCUCCGGCGGGCAGAAGCAGCGCAUUGCAUUAGCAAGAGCGCUGAUGCGGGAUCCCUCGAUUCUGCUGCUGGAUGAGGCGACGUCUGCGUUAGACUCCCACUCGGAGAAGCUGGUGCAAGAAGCUAUCGCGAGUCGGGCGGAUUGCAUCUAUGUGUUUGAGGCUGGAAGAGUGGUAGAGUCAGGGAGACAUGAGGAGUUGGUGGCGAGGGGGGGAAUCUACGCGGGCAUGAGCAAGCAGCAGACAUUAACAUGA